AUGUCGGAUCAUUCGCGCCUCUACAUGGGCACGGCCUUUGUGGCUGGCGUCUGUCUCACCGUCCUGUGCAAAGAUCUCUUCUAUCCCGAGCUGGAGGAUCGUCUCCGCGAGUACCGCGCUCAUCGUCCCGCACCGAGCUCGGAUGAUGAACCUCCGCUGUCGGCACGGCCAGGUCCUCCGGCGAUUGUCGAUGGCGUUGAGGGAUGUAUCGGGAAUACGCCUCUAUUUCGCAUCAAAUCCUUGUCUGAUGUGACGGGGUGUGAGAUUCUGGGGAAAGCCGAGUUCUUGAACGGCGCAGGUCAGAGCUCCAAGGACCGAGUUGCACUCAGCAUGAUUGAAAUUGCCGAAGAGCUGGGCAUCUUGACCCCCCACUCGGGAGAUACCAUCUACGAAGGAACCUCCGGAUCUACUGGAAUUUCGCUGGCCACAUUAGCCCGCGCCAAAGGCUACCUUGCGCAUAUAUGUAUGCCCUCCGACCAAGCAAUCGAAAAAUCCGACCUACUCCUAAAACUAGGCGCCAUCGUAGACCGCGUUCCCCCCGCCCCAAUCGUCGAAAAAGACAACUUCGUCAAUCGCGCACGAUCUCUCGCCCGCGCCCACACGGCGUCCUCCGGGACAAACUCAGGUACAUCGACCCCGGAUCUACCGGAUCUACCUACUCCGUCCGACGGACGGGGUUUCUUCGCAGAUCAGUUCGAGAACGAAGCAAACUGGCAAGCGCACUACAACGGCACGGGCCCCGAGAUCUACGCCCAGUGCGACGGGAAGCUGGACGCCUUUGUUGCGGGCGCCGGAACAGGCGGCACUAUCUCUGGCGUGGCGCUCUUCCUGAAGCCGCGGAUCCCGAAGCUCAGUGUUGUGCUGGCCGAUCCACAGGGUAGUGGGCUGUAUAACCGAGUCCGCUACGGUGUUAUGUUCGAUCGCAAGGAGAAGGAGGGCACACGGCGUCGUCGACAGGUAGACACCAUCGUCGAGGGGAUCGGCAUCAAUCGCGUCACGGCGAAUUUCGAGGCCGGAAAGGAGCUGGUUGACGAUGCGGUCCGAGUGACGGACGCCCAGGCUCUGGCUAUGGCUAGGUGGCUGGUAGAAAAGGAUGGGUUAUUUAUUGGAAGCAGCAGUGCUGUGAACUGUUUUGCGGCUGUCAAGACCGCGAUGAAGCUGGGCCCUGGCCAUAGGAUUGUGACUGUCUUGUCCGAUUCUGGAUCGAGGCAUCUCUCUCGGUUCUGGGCUAAGGCUGGUAAUGUCGGAGGGGCCGUUGAUACAAAACUGGAAGACGUUCUGAACGCGGUAGACAGCUCAUGA